GGCCGCAGGGGCUGAUGGGAGCUUUGAGGACCUGUUAGAAAGCACGUGGUCCUGCUCUGAUCUCACAGCUCGUCCUUGUUUGGCCUCAGCUGCAUCAGAGCACCACUUCUCCCCAGGUUCACCAGAGGAAACACCACUGCACACAAUGCUUUUCCUCCCAGCUGCUGCUCUGUGCUGGCUGUGUUCAGCGCUGGUUGCCAUGGCAGCAGAGCUGAUUCAGGAUGAUUUAACAUUGACCAGGAGAGUUGGUCAAAGUGUCUCCUUCAGGUGUGGAAACAUUCACCUGUGUGAUCAAACCUAUAUAUACUGGUACCAGAAGAAAGAAACAUUCAGAGCAAUUCUUUUAAUUGAUAAAAAUUCUGGUUCUGUCCACAAACCUUUCAACCAUCCUCAGGAAGAUGAUUUCUCAGCUGUGAAUAUUCAGAACGGCUGUGAGUUGCAGAUAGAGAAAGUUAAACUGGUUCAUUCAGCCACCUACUACUGUAGCUGUUAUAAAUCUGUUCUCCACAGAUGGAGCUACCUCAUCUUUGGUUCUGGGACUAAACUGUAUGUAACAGAUGAGCAGGUAGUGAAGCCCGUGGUGAGCGUGUACCCAGCAGCAUCCAGAGUCCACCAGGAGGGGAGGAGCUCCCUGCUGUGUCUGGCCUCAGCCAUGUUUCCUCCUCUGGUCCAGUUCUCCUGGAAAAGACAGAAGGAGGACGGCUCUCUGGAGGAGCUGCUCCCUGCUGAGGGAGAUCAGCUGGAGAUCAGAGAGUCAGGACGCUCCGCUGCCAUCAGGGUGGUCGAUCGUGAUGCUUUCUCACUGGACAAACAGACCCAAGAUCCGGAGAGAUCCAAGAGGAUACAAGUCUCCGCAGAUGCAGGAAAUCCUGAUGCGCAGAUGGUGAAGCAGGUGGUGAACGUCUGCCCCAUUGAAUCCAACGUCCACCAGGAGGGGAAGAGCUCCCUGCUGUGUCUGGCCUCAGCCAUGUUUCCUCCUCUGGUCCAGUUCUCCUGGAAAAGACAGAAGGAGGACGGCUCUCUGGAGGAGCUGCUCCCUGCUGAGGGACAGUUCAGAGGGUCCAGACAAUCCGCCGUCAUCAGAGUGGUUGAUGGUGAUGCUCUCUGUAGAUAUAAAUACAUCUGCUACGUCAAGCAUGAGGGGGGAACAGUGGAGGCCCAAACACAACAAGAGGUUCCUGCUUCUCCUCCACCACCUCCUCCUCCACCUGCUUCUCCUCCACCAGUUCAUGCAACAGUUCCUCCACUUCUGCAGGAAGAAAUAUUUCCACCAUCUGAUCCAGCUACAACCUCUGUUCCUGUUCUCCACCCUGUGAAGCUGUCAGUGUCCUUCCAGUCUGAGUUGAGGGUGAAGCUGCUCUUGCUGCUGUCCACAGUGCUGAUAGUGAAGAGUCUGGUGUACUGCUGUGGACUCUCUCUGCUGAUGAUCCUCAGAAACAAGGGACCGUCCACCAACUGCACACAUGCUGACUGACUGUUUUCUGCUGGACUUUUCUCUCCAUCAAAUCUCAUCAAUUCAUCUCAUUCAUCACUUUGAUCAGGAUU